AUGGCUACAAAUAUAAAUGUGAAUUCUCUGAACAAUCUCAUCAUCAACAUCAUCAUCAAUGAAUCAACCAGAAGAAAAUUCUGCUGUCAUGGUUGUCCAACAAUCAGUUUUGUUUUGUUUUUUUCACACAUAAUAAUUUUUUUUUAUUUCAAUGAAACAUCAUCAAAAAGCCUAACAACAACCAUUGAAAUUGUUCUCGAUUAUUUUGAUUAUAUUAAUCAAACAAGAACAACAAGAAAUACCUCUAAUCAUGAUGAAAAUGAAUCUAUUGGGGUUUCAUCAUCUCCAUUGAAUUUAUGCACAACAAGAAAUACCCGUUAAGAUGAUGAAAUAGAAAUUAUUGACAAUAAUGCAAGAAUAAUUUAAUCGAUAAAUAUAUAUAAAUAUAUAUAUAAUACUGGUGAACUU